GAAUUGUUUACGGCGCUUGUACAUAACGAUUCUAACAUUGUUGACAUUCAAAAGUUUGUGUAUUUACGUGGUUUUCUAAAAGGAGAAGCCUUCGAUCUUAUUAAUAAUUUACCAAUACAAGGCUCAAGUUACAGUGAAGCAUUGACAAUCCUGCGUGAUCGAUAUGAUAAUAGUCACAAAAUUGUAUUUGAACAUAUAUCCAAGUUAUUGGAUCUUGCCUCGAUACCCAGGCCAAAUGUAACCAUGUUACGUAAUUUAAUUUCUGUUGCAAAACAGCAUGUAGCAGCUCUAAAAAAUUUAAAUGAACCCGUUGACAAAUGGGACAGCAUACUUGUAUGCAUUCUAUCUCGCAAACUCGACCCAGUCACUAAUAGAGCUUACUGUUUGGAUAGGAACUCAUCUCAAUCCCCAACUUUUACAGAUUUCAUAAAAUAUCUUGAAACAAGAGCUCUAGCUCUCGAAAACUCGAGCAACAAUGAUGUCAUCGGCGCUAGGAAAGUACAAGCUACUGCUGCAGUAACAAAUAAUCAUGUAGCUAAGUGCUAUUACUGUGGCGUUGCUGCCCCAGCUUGAGGACCAGCACAAUGAGCUCAGCGAUCCCGCGACACCCCGACUCGUUCACACGCAGUUUGGUUAUUUGGUUGCAGGAAAAGUCCCCGUACAGUCUCCCCAUGAACUUCAGAGUACCCCUGUUUCUUUGUUUUGUCAAGAAUGUAAAACAGACUUAAAUUCUAAUGUUAUUCAGUUCUGGAAAUCUGAGGCUGUACCAGAAAUAUAUCCUGAGCACCCCACGUCUGAACAAAAAUAUUGUGAGGAAUAUUUUAAUGAAACGGUUCAACUUGUUGACAAUAAAUUUGAAGUCUCAAUGCCCUUAAAGAUUCCAAUUUACGAUGUAAACAAUACUUUAGGGAAUUCUCUAGUUCUCGCUAUGCGCAGAUUUUUGAAUUUAGAGAAAAGGCUCCAUAAAGAUGAAGCUUUGUUCAAAGAAUAUCAAAGUUUUAUUCAUGAAUACAUAGACCUUGGCCAUGCCAGCUAUGUCGAUAUUUCUAGUUACGAUUUUAACAAAGAUGCGGUAUACUUUAUGCCACAUCACCCUGUCAUACGUGAAAAUGCAGUUAGUACUCGUUUACGUACAGUAUUUGACGGAUCUAUGAAAACAACAAAUAAAAUUUCUCUGAAUGAUAUUAUGUUGAAUGGCCCUGUGGUCCAAAACGAAUUAUUCGACACUCUAUUGUUGUUCAGACUAAAUAAAUAUUUUUUCGCUUGCGAUAUUAGGCGUAUGUUUAGAAAUGUUUUAAUAGAAAAAAGUCAGAGGUCACUCCAAAAUAUAUUAUGGAGAGAUGACCCCCAUGAAUCCAUAAAAUGUUUACAAUUAAACACUAUUACUUAUGGCUUAAAAAACUCAUCUUUUUUAGCAACAAGGUGCUUAAAUGAGUUAGCUUAUAGAUUUAAAAAUGAAUAUCCUUUGGCUGUCCCAGUAAUUCUAAAUGCAACAUAUGUUGAUGACAUAUUGUAUACUCAUAAUGAUUUAAAUGUAAUAAUAGAAACAAAAAGUCAACUUUCACAAUUGUUAUCUAAAGGUAGUUUCUUCUUGCAUAAAUGGUCAGCCAACGAUUCCAGCAUUUUACAGGAUAUUCCGAAGGAACAGAGGUAUUCUGGAGAAAUUAACAUGCAAAAAGAUGUUAAAACGUUAGGGUUGAAUUUUGACGUCAAUUCAGACACUUUUAAAUUUUCCCCCCCGCCUAAGCAAUCUGUCAAGACCAAAAGAGAAAUCUUAAGUUUUAUCAGUAAAUUUUAUGACCCUCUUGGACUGAUUGGACCAAUCUUUGUGCAAGCCAAACAUAUUAUGCAAAAGCUAUGGCUGUCCAAAACAGACUGGGAUUCUAUUCCUCCGCCAGAAUUAAAUAAUAAAUGGCAAUCACUUUAUAAUGACUUAACUAACAUGUCAAGUAUUCAUAUUGAAAGGAAUACAAUGUGUAAAAGUGAACAUCAAACAUUUCAAUUAAUAGGAUUUUCAGACGCAUCCAAUGUGGCAUAUGGUUGUGCAAUUUAUGUGAGAACUAUUGACAUGCAAGGUAAAGUUCAAAUGUCACUAUUAUGCUCUAAGUCACGCAUAAAUCCCAUUGCACCUAAACAGUUAACCAUCCCACGUUUAGAAUUAAACGCUGCGCUUUUACUUGCCAAGUUAGCUUCAAAAGUAUACAAUACUAUCAGUCAGAAACAGAUAGUAAAUGAAGUUCACCUUUACACAGUCAAGGUCGUCAAGGUCUUUGUCGUUACAAGUCGUAUUGGCGUGGUUGAAGACCGAUCCAAUCAAAUUAAAAUCUUAUAUUGCGAAUAG